CUCACUGCGCGUGUUACUUUCGUUUCGUCGUGGCCAUAAGUUUGUUUUAUUUCCUCCGCUCACGCCCACGCAUGCGCAACGAUACGAUACAAGUUUCGAUUCUUGACAGCCAGGCGGAGCGGAGCCAUAAAAAGCAGCUGACGGUUCUCCGGAGGACAUUUCAUCGAGAUGUUUUCGUGGGGAGAGAACGGCCAGCAGGGCUUUCGGUCGCGAGAUGGCCCGAAUGUCUCACCUGGCCACGGAGUUCACCUUGUAAACCUCGGCUUUGACGUCACAGACCUGUCCGCGGGCCACUGCGUGCUCGCCUUCAUCAAAAGCAACGCCGAUGCUGCCGUCAUCAUCCGCACCAACGAGGGCGAAGAUGGGCAGAGAGUCCGAGGAAAACAGAAGUUCGUGAAGUGUCGGGAGAAGAUUCAGGCCGUGGUUUGUGGAGAUGAUGAUGGGGUCACGCUGCUCUCUAAGGGAGGAAAAGUUCUCUGCGUGGACACAACUUGCACUUACAUUCCGAAGCCCCUGGAAGCUUUUUCCAACAUAGCAGUGUCUCAGGUUGCUUGUGGGAGCCGGCACUCAGUGGCCCUCACCCAAGCUGGCCAGGUGUACACAUGGGGCCGGGACUCCAGGGGCCAGCUGGGUCUGGGGAGCAGCGCGUCCCGCUCCGACUCGCCCCAACUCCUCCGCUCUCUGUCAGCGCUCCCCCUGGUCCAGGUGGCUGCUGGGGGAGAGCAGAGCUUCGCCCUCUCCGUCUCCGGGGGCGUGUUCGGCUGGGGCGGAAACGACCGCGGGCAGCUCGGGCUGGGAGACACAACAGACAGACCUACACCAACUCCGGUUUGUUGCCUCAACACAAAGAAAACUAUUUACAUUUCCUGUGGAAAGGACCACACUGCCAUUUUGACAAAGAAUGGUGCAGUGUUCACAUUCGGCUCUGGUCAGUACGGACAGCUCGGGCACAACUCAUUCGCCGAUGAACUACGACCUCGGCUUGUUGUGGAGCUCUGGGGGGCAAAGGUCACCAAGGUUGCAUGUGGACGGCAUCACACAUUGGCGCUGACGGACUCGAACAGGGUCUACUCCUUCGGGUGUGGAGAGCAUGGCCAGCUGGGACACGGAGAGGAGAGUCACCCGUUGGUGCCGCUAGCCGUUCAGCUGCCACGAGACGCCAGCAAUGGUCUUAAAAUUAGAAACAUCUACGCGGGAGGAAACUGUUCGUUUGCUACGUGCACGCCCGUUAAGGAAGCGCAUGAGGAGUCAAACACCGCCAGCGGCAGCAACGUCACGCGCGACGUGAUCAACAAAUGGGUCUCUGAAUGCGAUUCAAAGCCGUGGAAAAAGAUCAAACGGGAGAUCCGCAGGACGUUCUCCUCUACGUCCGGUGUGAAUCAAAUCUUCCUUGACCAAAGCGAAGACAAACAUUUCCAGACCUCGUCAAAGUACUCCGGCCUGGACUUGUCAGCCGCGCGACAUGCUUUCAAGAAACUGGCGAAGAAGGAUCAUGUUUUGGCGGAGGUCGAGGCCGCUGUCCUGCUCCUGCUUCCCUCUCUGGAUGAGAUGCCGUUGGGAGUGGAGGGGUUGAGGGUCUUCCUGCUUCUCAACGAGCUCCUGCGCGCCACCCAGAGACGCGGCCUGCUGCGAACGGGCACGGCCCUCGCCGAGCCGCUCGCCGCCGCCGUGCAGAGGCUCUCUGCCGAAAGCCUCCAGGUCUUAGGGGACUGGUGGUCCUCUCUGCCGCCCUCCACCAUGGUGGAGCACGUUGAGGUGUGGAAGACGGCCCUCUCAGGGAUCCUGUCCACACAGUCUGUUCCUUGCAACUCUGGAGUCAGAAACCUGCUGCUCGUCCUCCAGAUGAUGUACAAUGCCAACCACAGGAUUGCAGGACGUCAGAGGAUCCCGGAACAAACUUUUGGUCUGGAGUUUAGCCCGAUGUUUCUUCAAGAGGAGCUGCAGUAUUGGUGUACGACAUCCAAUAUCAAGCCGCUGGUCAUUUUUAACUUCCCAUUUGUGAUGGAUCUGAAAUCGAAGAAAAUGGCUUUUGACAUCUACGCCUCAUACACAAAGAGAAAACACCUGCAAAACAUGAUGUGGCCUUUUGGAGUGAUACCAACGUCAACUCAAUUCUUUGAACUGAAGCUGAAGCGAGCGUCACUUUUGGAAGGCACCUUCAAACAACUGGCCGCUGCUCAUCCCAGUGAAUUCAAGAAGCAACUCGUGGUCUAUUUUGAUGAGGACCCAAAGGUCAUGCACGUCUACGAAAAGGACCUUUUCCACCACUUGUUCCGUGAAAUGAUGUCAACUGUAUCCGGGAUGUUCAUGUUCAACGAAUCCGAAACGCUGGCAUGGUUCCCCUCCACGACGACAGAGGAGGACAAGACCAACUUCUUCCUGCUCGGUGUCCUGUGUGGACUGGCCUUGUACAACAACAGCAUCAUACACUUCCCCUUCCCGCUGGCUCUGUUCAAGAAGCUGCUCGGAAUCGAGCCGACGCUGGACGAUUUAACGGAAUUCAGCCCGGUUGUUGGAAAGAGACUGCAGUGCAUCUUGGACUAUGAAGAGGAUGACCUAAAAAACCUGGACUUUGAGAUUAACUGGGGUGGGACAGAUGUUGAUCUUGACCCCCAAAAUCCUGAAAAGCCACUGACAGUUCAAAAUAAGAAGGAGUUUGUGGAGGCCUACGUGAAACACGCCUUCAACGCGUCGGUGGUGGGCGUGUUCGAGGAGUUCCAGCGAGGCUUCUUCCAGGUGUGUGAGCGGGCCCUGGUGAAGAUGUUUCUGCCGGAGCAGCUGCGCGGAGUGCUGGUGGGCCAAGACGUCUACGACUGGCCCAAACUGAAACAGAACACAGUGUGGGAACCUGACUUUGACAACAACAGCAAGCAGAUGUUUUGGGAGAUUUUUGACGAACUGACUGAAGACCAGAAGAAAGAUUUCUUUUUGUUCGUGACUGGGUACAGGAGGGUUCCUAUUCUUGGCAUGGACCAGAUCUGGAUGAAGGUUCAAGUCCAGCAAGUCCAGAGUGGUCAGCGCCACGAUCAGCACUUACCCGGGUCUCUGACGUGCCACUCCAUUCUGUACCUGCCCUUGUACUCGUCCAAGGAGGUCCUGCGGGAGAGGCUGACGGUGGCCCUGAUAAAGGAGAGAGGAUUCUCGAUGUGAUGGUGGAUCCACAGCUGCUGGACAGGAGCGUGGACUGUUUCUGUGCCGGGUGGGCCUGAUUUUUGAUUUUCGUGUGCUACCUCGGGGUUAAAAAAACAAACACAUGCCUUGACACUGUCAGAUUGUACUUUAAACGGGACGACCGAGGAGCAGCCAUUCCUCCCUAGAAGCAUUACGGUGUGCAGCAGCAGUGCAGAAGGCACUUUGAGUGUAACAUGCAAUAAUUCAUCUGAUCAUUUAGGAUUUUUAUGUUCAUAUCUGUUUUACAUCUUCUCAGGAAGUCUUCAUUUUUUGAGGAAUAAACAAAAUAGUGUUUUGCCACUUUA